GAGAUUUUAUCUUGUUCCAAUUCUCCAUCUCUACAAAACUAAGGAUGUUCUAAAAGUCAGCAUGACGUGUAAAAAGGAGAAAAUUAAAAAGUUACGAGUAAUAAAUGGAUGGAGCUACAACUCAAACAAAUGGUUACUUGAUGAAAAUAGAUACUGUGGACGAGAUUUGAAGAAUGUAACACUUAAAGUUAGUUCUCCAACAAAUGUUUUUGAACUUCUUAUACCGGGAUUUCCAGUUUUUCAUACAGGAAUAUUAAAAAUAAUUGCUAAAAGAUGGGGAUUCGAUAUUUUCACACUGAAGAACAACCUUGAGGGGGUAGAGGUCGGAAAGUUAGUUUGUCAAAGAGAAGUGGCUCUGCAGAUGAUGAAACUGAAUGGUACCUGGGUUGGAAUAGUUGGAGACAUUGUUUUCGGACGAGCUGAUGUUUCUGGAAUAUCAUUUGGGCAACGUCAGGACAGAAACCAGGCGAUUGACUAUACAAGCACUGUAACCUUCAGGGAAUGGGUGUUUAGUACAAGGAAACCUGAAGCAUCUACUAGUUUCUGGUGGGUUAUUCUUCCCCUCCAGUCCUACUCCUGGUUGGGUUUCAUCUCCACUAUGUGUUUAAUUAUUCUCGUGGAUAUGAUACUAGAAACUGCUACAGGUUCAGAUAAAAGGCUGAGUCUAAAACUAGACAGUUUGAGUGAACAUUUAAAAUCUAUUAUCAUGGGAGGAGAAACUGUGCAGGGACUAAGGACCUGGAAGAUUGUAAAAGAAACCAUGGUGGUCCUCUGGGUGGCAAGUUUGACUUGGUUUUAUACAAGUAUGUUGCUUGCGAGUAUGAUUCAACAGAUUCCUGAGAAACCAAUCCAAACCAUGCAGGAGAUAUUAGAUAGGAAUAUCCCUGUGUACAUGUUCAGCACUAUACCGAUGGAAACAUCCGAAUAUUUGGAUCCAGUCCGAGCAGAGAUUCUUAAAAGAGCAGAUAUGAGGCAGACAACUGUAGCAAAUGUAGUGGGCACUAUUGGUACCGUACUAAAGAAUGACAACCCAGGAGAGUACAAUGGUGUCCUAUUCCAGCCGAAAUAUGAGCAUCCCCCCUGGCCUGCUCAUAACAGCCAACAGAUAGCUGACAGCUAUCCUACAGCAUUCCUAGUAGCUAAAGGGUCAAUUUUGAAACCGUACUUUGACUGGACGAUUAAUCAGCUUGUCGCCUGCGGAUUGGUUGAGAAGCUCUGGUCGGAUUUCAGUGACGUACAACAGAAAGCAGUUCGAACCAGUUUUCCAACAAAUUUUAAGGAGGAUGAGUUAAAACCGAUGCAGUUAAGAAGUGCGUAUCUUCCUCUUCUUAUUCUAGGAUUUGGUAUCUUUGUUGGUGGUGUUGUUCUUCUCUUGGAAAGAAGAAGAUGGAUUUGAAGUAGAUUUGAUGUAAAAAAUUGAAAUAAAUCAAAAAAGCUAAA